AUGGUGAAACAGCGAUCUCUGGCUCCCAAGGCCAUCAAGGAGAUCCGGAAGUUUGCUGCGAAGGCCAUGAACACCAAGGAUGUGCGUGUGGAUGUGAAGCUCAACAAGCAAGUAUGGUCACGCGGUGUGCGCAAUGUUCCCCGCCGUGUGCGCGUGCGCAUUGCUCGGAGGCGCAACGAGGAUGAGGACGCCACUGAGGAGUUCUACUCCAUUGUCACCGUGGCUGAUCUCCCUGCUGAGGGCUUCAAGGGUCUUGGCCCCAAGGUGGUGGAGGACGAGGAGGCCUAA